AUGGCUCAACCUACAAUGCUGUCCUCGCCUUCACCACCCAGCGAAGAGCAGGGUACAAUACUCGUCGAAACGGAGCGGCUUAUAAUCCGUCGUUACUUGGUCUCUGAUGCAGCUGCCUUGUCCCAAGCUGCCAAUAACAAAAACAUCGCUGUCAACAUGCGCAACACUUUUCCUUCACCUUACAAGCUCUCUGACGCGGAGAACUUCCUCACCAACAUAGCAUGCAAGCCAGAGGGCACAUCAUACCCCUACCACAAUGGCAUCUUUCUCAAACCUAACACGCCCGAGAACCCGUCACCAGAGCCGGUCUUCGUCGGCUCCGUGGGAGUUAUUCCUAGGAAGGACAUCUACUUCCGUGUCUGGGAGAUGGGCUACUGGUUGGCUGAGGAGGCUUGGGGUAAGGGCUAUGCGACUGAAGCUUUCGGAGCCUUUGUGAGGUGGUGCUUUCAGACAUGGCCCAAGUUGAACAGGAUCGAGGCAUCAGCCAUGGAGCACAACACAGGAAGUCAGAAUGUUUUGUCCAAGUGUGGUUUCAUAAGAGAGGGAAAGAGGAGGGGUUCUGUUUUCAAGAAUGGCGAGCUUAUAGAUGAAAUUCAGUUCGGACUGUUAAGGGAUGAUCUAUAG